AUGAAGGCGUUACUCUGCGUGGUUACGGUCCUUCACAUGCUGAAUUGCAUUUCGGCAAUACACAAGCAGCAAAAUGAAUCCACGCGCCUCGCGGAUGACUCAAACUUAGAGGUUGGCGAAUCGAUGGGUGACAUGUCCUCCAAAAGCACAAUGAACUUGGACCCCGAUGACCCAAACCUUCUCCCUAAUGCCCAUAAUAUAGGGCAUAACCUCGUAAAUAAACUGGAAGAACGCGCUGUUGAAAUCGCAGACAAGAUUGCAAAGCAUAAGCAUACGGAUAAGGAAAAGAAGGAAGCUGAUGCCAAGCAUGACCAUACAAUAUUCCUUUGCCAACGUGAUUACACUCAACCUUGCCCACUGGGUUUCAAGCACAUCGCCACUGAGGACGGGGAGCACAAGUGCAUAUUCCCGGCGUCGUAUACAGGGCCUUGCAUGGGGCAGGAACUUGUGUAUAGAUUUAUGCCUGAAGAGGAAAAACUCAGCUGGUCUCUGGACUGCCUGGCAAACUGGCCCUGCGUGCAGUGCACUAGGCGUUUCUCUGACCUGUGCCCAGAAAAAUGGGAGCUCGACACUCAUGAGGCCGCGCCCAGGGGAUUGUGCAAAGCUAAAGAUGAAUAUCAGGGCCCGUGUAAGGACGAAAAGCACUCCUUCCUCAACUACAACAUCGACAUGCAGAAGCAGUGGUCGCACCGCUGCCAGGCAUGGUGGCCUUGCGAUAACAGCACGAGAUCCGGUCAAACCCCCGAUGCUGACAUGCCCAUUACAAUGGCAGCUACAGCAUAUCGCAUGGGUCUAUAG